CGGGUAGACAGGCAAAGAUCCUCAACCAUGCGAGCGACGACGAAGCCGUUGACGCUACGCUACCGCAAGAAGGUCGCCGAGGCGAGCGCGCCCACGAAGCCUACGCCGAUGGCCGUCGCGACCAAGCUGCUGGCGACGCCCGCCAUCGUCUACGUCGUCACGAUCAGCGACUUGCAGUUCCAUCCGCCACGCCUUGUCGUGCCCCUUGGCAGCAUGGUCCGAUGGCAGGUCGGCGCGACGAACGAAGCCGUGCACGCAAUCACGUUGGCGCUGGGCGAUGCGUUCAUCGACUCACCGACGCUCGACACACCCGGCGCCGUCUUCGAGUACAAAUGCUCGUCACUCGGAACGGUCUCGUAUGGCUGCAAUUUGUACUCGUUCAUGACAGGAUCCAUCGUUGUCGUCGCGGCCUUGUCGACCGUAGAGGCAAAGAGUAACCAGUGCUACGCAGACUACCCGCGCAGUGCACCCAAGCCGCGUCGACGCCCGUCGUCGUCAGCGAUGGGACCGUUCCAGAAGCAGCUGGCCGUGUGGAGGGCCAAGCAGCCGAGAGCACAGCUGGACGCUGAAGGAGACGACACUGUCGACAAUGAGGAAGGCGCUUUCUCCGAGAAGGACCGCGUGGCGCGCAAGAAGGUCGCGUCGACGCGUGCACCGGACGUUGUGCGCCCGACGGCCUCCGUCGUCGCCGCAGUAGCACCCAUCGAAUUACUCAGCCCCGUUACGACGGAGCAGAACGCAGCCGCCAAGAUUGCAUUGGACCACUUUGAAUUUGUCCCGACGACCCUCGAUGUUAUGGCGGGCCAGACGGUCGUCUGGUCGGUGAGUGCGCUGGGCAUGAUUGAACACGCGCUGCAGUUGACCGUAUCAGCACCGGACACUGCUGACGCAACGGUGGUGACACCGCCUUUGCGUUCAGGCAACACGGUCGCCUACAUCUUUCCCCGCGCCUGUGUCGUCGACGUCGCGUGCUCCGUGUACGACGUCAAGGGCCGAGUUGUUGUCCAUGACGCAUCGUCCGACGUUCUCUUCGUCGGCGACGUCGAGUGUCCCGUCGUUGGCGACGUCGAGUACCCCGUCGUUGCGCCGACCGCAGAGAGCAGUGCGAUCUUGCGACUGCUCGCGACGGCCCACGAAAAGCACGAAAUGCGACGCACGAGUUAUAUGGCGCCCCCCGCGGCAGCGAUUCCCGGCUUUGACCCGCUGGCCGCCUACGAUUUUCUCAAACAACGUGCGAACGACGUCAAGCGCGACGGCAAUGUGGUCUACGCGUGUCCGCCCGCAUGCUAAGCCGUGCACGAUUCUGUAAAUGCAAUAGAAAUAAUUUGAUGGACAGUGUACACAC